CUCUUGUCGUACACGUACAACUUUUACAGCUGUUGCAGUACUGCUUCUCUUGAACGUUACGAUUGACGCUUGGAUAAAAAUAUGUGACAUAAAUUAUUUUAUUUUGCAAGUUAUUCAAACCUAAAAACUUUCUAAAAUGGAGAUAGAUUUAAAGCAUACUUUGAAGGAAGCCAAAUUGGCUUUUGGCAAUCGAGAAUUUGAUCGAAGUAUUCAGCUCUGCAAGGAUGUUUUAAAGACUGACAGAGACAAUUACUUGGCGUUGGUUUUUCUCGGAGCUUCUAUGCAAGAGACCGAUCAGAUCCUUCACGCUCCUAAAGCAUUCCAGAAGGCAGUUAUUUUGAAACCGAAUCAAAUAUUAGCUUGGCAAGGUCUUGCUACGUAUUAUGAAAAGGAUGGUGUUGAAAAGAACUUCGAUCACAUGCUGGAAGUUUACGAAAAUAUUCUAUCACUGGAGAGUGAUAUCGUGAAGUGGAUGAGUACCUUCAUUAAAUUUACCGACGUGGUUUUAAAAACAAACAAAUUGGAUACAUUCAUCAAAGUUGUUGAUACUCACAAACAGUGCAAGUUACCUAUACCAUUGAGAGAUUUUUGGCAAGGCGUUACCAAAGUUCUGAAAAACACCACAAGUCAGCUUGAUAGACAGCAUUAUGACUUGUUGCUUGAAGGCUUAACAUUCGUGGAGGGGAAAAACGAUGCCUGUCAACAGCUUUUCGAUUUGUUGCUUUUGAAAAAAGACUUGGACAAUUUAGUUCAUUACGCUAAUAACUGCGAUGUAAAUUUAGCAAAUAUCGUCUUGAACGUAUAUGGACGAUUGUACGUUGAGAAACCAGAAAGUAUCAGUGCCGUCCACAGAAGCUGGGUUAGAAACUUUUUAGAUAAAAUUAAUGGCGAACUGACUGAAUUUCAACUGCUUUGCAAGGCUUCUGUUCUAAUGGACUCAUCUCAAUUUAGUGAAGCAAGAGAUUUGUUGGAAAGCUAUUUUACUCCAGACAACAAAAGCUUGUGGCAUGGCCAUAUAUUGCUGGGACAAGCCCAUCUCAAAUUGCUGAGCUACGAGGAAGUUGAGAUGUGUGUGAAAGUCGCAAGAAGUUGUAAUAGCAAAUCGAAAUUCCAAGAUCACUAUGACUAUCUCCUUCUGCAGGCGGUUGUGCAUUCUCAAGAGGAAGACAAGAAUAGGCAAGGUCUGGAUAUCGGCAAAAGGCUGUUUGAGAAAAACCUCAACGAUCCUGUUCUUUUGGAAUGUAUGGCUAGAGCUAGUAUAAAUCUCCGAAGUUGGUAUGCUGCUGAGAAACUUGUUAAAAAGCUGGAAGAUAUGGAUGAUAAAUGUCAAUUCACUGCUGCUCUCCUUAGAGUAGAAAUGGCGAAGGUUAAGAGCGAACCGAUUUCUCCUGAACAGCUACAAUCAUUGGCUGAAAAGUAUCCAGAAUCAGCUGAAGUUUGGUAUCUUGUUGGAAUGCACAACAUCAAAGAAGACAAAAUGCAAGAUGGAAUCAGUUGUCUGUUCAAGGCUGCAAAAUUGGCACCAAACUGUUACAAGACUUUCUUCCAACUGGGACUGUAUUAUAAAAGUAUAAAUGACCUGGGUACAGCUCGGAGAUGUCUGAAGAAGGCAUUGUAUCUGAAUCGACGUUCAGAUGAAGUUGCAGUCACCCUUAGUGAUGUAUUCAUAGCUCAAGCAGAUUAUGAAGCAAAUAAGGAAUUAUUGAAUGCAAUAGUGAAAAAUACAGGGAGAAAGUGGGCGUGUGUAAGACUAGGCGUGCAGUACAGCACUGAGAAUGACGUCGAUUCCGCUGUAAAAUGCCUGCGAGCAGCUCUGCGACAUGAUCCUACUGAUAGUGAAUGCUGGGAAGUACUUGCAGAUUCAUAUCUAGCAAGAGGCUCAUACACGUCAGCAAUGAAAUCCUACCAAAAAGUAUUGGAACUGAAGCCUGGUUCUUUGUAUCCAGCUGUGCAGAUUGCGGGCGUGAAGUUGCUGCUAGAUGAGCCCAACGAGAGUAGAAAAGAAUUCAAGCAGCUUGCUGAGGACAGCCCCAAGAAUAUUCUUGUUCUCAAAGGAUUGGCUGAAGCUUGUCUCGGUUUAGCGAAGCAGCAUCAUUUCAGGAGGCAAUUGGGUCUUGCAAGAGAUAGCUUGGAAGAAGCUAUUAUCACCUUAUCAAGUGCUCUGAUCGAGAGACGGGACUUGUCUUGUCUGUGGAAGCUGAUGGGCGAUGUUCUUAUCCAGGCCUCACUGCUACCGAAAUCCUGGUCAUUCCUGCACGUUCCCGUCUGGAUCCACAAGAAAGACAUCAAUAUUGACAAGGAGGAAAAGAUUCUUCUGAAAGGACUAGCUCUCUGUGAAUUGAGUACAAGGUGUUUUUCUUUUGCCUUGAAGUUGAUGGAUAAAAUUGGAUGUACCAGUUUGCUGUGGCAUGACCUUGCUGCCAGCUAUUUUCGACAGUCACAACUUAUUUCAAAUGGAACAAAACGGAGGCAGCUGGUCCAAAACAGCUUCUUUGCUAUUAAGAAAAGUGUGACCUAUGAUCCUAGUAAUUGGGAGCACUGGAACCUUCUUGGGAUAAUUGCUAGCUGUCCAGAUAUAAACGAGAAACCCUUAGCUCAACAUUCAUUCAUACAGUCCAUUCUUGCGGAGGAUAGGAAUUCGGUUGCAUGGACCAAUCUGGGAGUUUUAUACUUAGAACUGAACCAUUCCGACUUGGCUAACAAGUCAUUCAAUGCAACGCAACGUAUCGAUGACUCAUACUAUCAGAGCUGGAUUGGGCAGGCGAUGAUUGCUGAAAAAAUCAAACAUGCUGACACGUUGGACCUAUUCAGACACACAACUCAGCUAGGGUUCCACCCAGAGUCUGCCAUCAGCUAUGCUCAGCACGUACUUCACACUCUGCAAAUGGACAUCACAUGCGAUGAGGACCGAGAAUACUACAAGGACAGCAUCACAGACAUGUUUGCCGAAGCUGUCGCCUCCGAAGGAAUGACUUGGUAUACAGAAGAGAGAGAUACCGAUAGUUGCGGUCACAACAUGCUGGGCUGCUUACAAGAAAGAUUAGGAUGGUUGAAUUCGGCAAUCAAGUCAUUUACUAAGGCGCUAUCAUUGUUGGAGCAGGAAAAAGAGAACUACUCUUUGAAUAAGAAAAAAGUUGAAGAGGAAGAAGAACUGCAGAAGUUGUUAACAAAUCAGCGCAUUAGUAUCGUCAGAAAGAAUCUGGCAAGAGUGAUGAUUAAAGUUGACAGAAAUGAAGAAGCAAUUUCGCUCAUUCAUAAGAUUGAAGAUAGUGACUUCCAGACCGACUGCAAUCUUGCCCUAGCUCUCUUCAAACGUGACCAGUUGGACGAAUGUAUAAGGCAGUACGAAAGAAUCACAACUAAAUAUUCACUUAGCAACGGUAAAUAUGAUAAACUGGCUGAUGUGAUGAUCGCCAAAGCUGCAGCUUUCUAUAAAAAAGAUGACGCUGAUUCCACACUCAAAAAUCUCAAGCAAUGUCGAAUGCUGCAGGAAAACUCGAAUAUCCAAUGCGCAAACGGUAUGUUCGCUGAAUUUGCAUUUCAUAUGUUGGGUGCCGAUUUGGAAUCAGCCAAAGAAGUCCUGGAACUAGUCAAACCUCUUGGCAGUAAUCCUGAGUACAUCACUGACAUCAGUACUUUUGAUGCAUACAUUAGUUUCAUUGAAGAAGAUUAUGACAAUAUGAUUUGGACACUGGCUAAAAGUGUGCAUAGCCGACCCGGUCUGGCGUCUCUGAGAUUCAAGUUGGCCAUCAUCAUUGUUGAGAAAUUUCUGAACUCGAGCUCGUGCAGUCGCGGCUUAGUGGGAGCAGCUGCUCGCAUGGCCAAUCUAUCAAUCAAAAUGGCCAGAGGAACCAACAUGAAUAUGCAGAAGAUUCUGCCAAUAGCCAGUGUGGCCCACUUGCUGAGUGGAAAUGUGAAAGACAGUUUGACAAUGUCGCAGCAAGCCGUUCAUUUGUACCCGAAUGUGGCAGAAGGGUGGGCCGUGUUCUUGGCCUCGGCUAUCGCCAUGCAAAAACCGACUGACCUGUUGAUGAACAUUCUUGCACGUCUUCGUUUCAAUGUGGACUCCACCAACUACUUGUCAGAUUGGGUCAAUUCAAUUGAGCCAAUGAUUAGCUCGUGAUUCUAUUACAAGGUUUUGUAUUAGAACUGAGAGAAUCUGACGACAGAUCAAGUACGAACGAUUUUAAAUUUUUCUACUGCUUUCUCAGUUGUACAAAUUAAAUAUGUUGUGAUAAAAAUGAAGUUUUAUUAAAGGUUUUUAUAAAAUGUA